AUUUCAGUUUUACUAAACCUUUACCCCCUUUUUUCCUCCAUAUUUCCUCUCAAAGCGCAAAACUUUGAAUCGGAUUCCUUUUCUCAUUAUUACUUCAAUUUGAUGUUCUUUCUGGGUUUUUCCUUCCGAGACCCGAGAAAAAGAGCCGAAACGGUGUGAAAAAUAAAAAUGCUAGGUGGGUUGUACGGGGACCUCCCUCCGCCGUCCGAUGAGGAUAACAAACCCAGCACUAACUCCACGGUGUGGUCAAGCAGCACCAAGAUGGCGCCUCCGACCCUCCGCAAGCCUUUCUCAGGGUUCGCUCCGCCACAGACAAUCCUCAGAUCCCAAAACAAACCCAAAAACUCAAUUCCCAAAACGACACCUUCUGUCUCAGCCUCAGCCUCCCCCUCCCCCACGCCGGUUGCGCCCGACGAAAUGGCGCAACAGCAGCCCGCACUGGUGGGCGUCACUUCCACUGUAAUGGAAGAGUAUGACCCAGCCAGGCCCAAUGACUACGAGGACUAUCGGAGAGAGAAGAAAAGGAAGGCUAUGGAGGAGGAGAUGAGGAGGGAAUUGGAGAAGAGGAGGAGAGAAGAGGAGGAGAGGGAGAGAGAGAGAGAAGAGAGGGAGAGGGAGAGGGAAAGGGAAAGGGAAGGAGAUUACAAUGAUUCAAGGUUGAAUAUUUCAGGCGAAGAGGCUUGGAGACGACGUGCAGCCAUGAGUGGCGGAGUGCCAAGGUCCCCGUCUCCGCCGGGGAAUGCUGAGGGCUUUACCAUUGGAAAGUCGGAGACAAGUGGGCUGGGCGUUGGGGCAGGUGGGCAGAUGACUGCCGCCCAAAGGAUGAUGGCGAAAAUGGGGUGGAAGGAAGGGCAGGGUCUUGGAAAGCAGGAGCAGGGAAUUACUACUCCAUUGAUGGCAAAGAAGACAGACAGGAGAGCUGGUGUGAUUGUGAAUGCCAGCGAGACUAAGCCUGAUAAGAAGGUCAAGAGUGUCAGUUUCAAUGGCCCCCCUACUCGUGUUUUGCUGCUUAGGAACAUGGUGGGUCCUGGUGAAGUAGAUGAUGAGCUAGAAGAUGAGGUUGGAUCUGAGUGUGCCAAGUAUGGAAGUGUUACCCGAGUUUUGAUAUUUGAGAUAACAGAGCCAAAUUUCCCAGUAGAGGAGGCAGUGAGAAUAUUCAUACAGUUUGAGAGGUCAGAGGAAACAACAAAAGCAUUGAUUGACCUUGAUGGUCGGUAUUUUGGGGGAAGGGUUGUUAAAGCCUCGUUCUAUGAUGAGGAGAGGUUUAGUAAGAAUGAGCUUGCUCCGAUGCCAGGGGAAAUUCCUGGUUUUUCUUGAUGCAGUGAAGGAGGUGCACUGAUAGUUGAUCCAAACAAGUGUUGUAAGUAGCACGCAUCCAAGCUUGGAGUUUGUUUUGGACAUUUUCAUAAUUUGUAUUUGUACUACUAAAAGCGAAGAGUUGUAGCAAGUGAUUGUUAUAUUAAUAUGAAGGCUGUUGAGAUAGAGCGUUUGUUCAUCA